CCACGGGUUCCCUCUCGGCACCGCGGCGGUUUGUUUUUCACCUUUGGUCCCAAAAUGACGGAAAGGUGUGCGCACGCGCUGUAUUUAAUCCAACUCUUAAAGUGCAUCAUUCUUGUCCAGCUAUAGGCUACCCGCUGUAGAGUAUUCUGUUUGAGAUCCAAAUAUGGAGUGAUUAAGAGUCAUUAGUGUCUGAAUUUGAAUGGACCAGGUCGACCCGCUCUGGGGCGCCUCAUUAUGCACGCGCAUUGAAAGAAAGCAGUGGGGGUCAAAUGAGUGGUUAGAGGCACGGACAAAAAGAGAAGGGGCAGGGACUGAGAAUGGGCAGGAUUAAGAUUUCGACCCAUUGUCAGAGGGGAUAUAUAACACGGAACGCUGACCGGAGCGGGCAGAAAGCAGACGGGAUUUAGGAUGGCCGCCAACAUUUGGAUUGCUUUAUUUUUCAUCUCAUUUGUGACAAGUGACACUGGAGUACUGGGUCACACAGUGGACACGCUUGGAUUUUUGUCACAGGCUUCAAAAGGCGUGCAUGAGUCUGAUGGAGUAACUUUACGCACAGGCGCGCCGGUGAGCUGGAGGCGCGGGGCAUCCGAGGCGCACCGGGAGCGCUGCGAAGAGCUGGAGGCGCCUUGGCUGGAAAACACGGAGCAAGCUGCAGAGGAGGAUGGAGCCACGCUGCUGCAGAUCCGUGUGCGGCCUCUUUCCUCUGGACCUUUGCAUGGUUCUGUUUUCCCUGGGAAGUCUCUGUACAGCUUCAUCCGACGGGUUUACCGAUGCUGUCAGGAGGGAAGAAACUGCAGGAGCGUUAAAGGGAUCCAAGGUCGCUUAAGAGGAGGAACGGGCGUGGAGCUUGUCUUCACCAAGGAGAUGCUAUCACUGUCUGUUUCUAGGGUUGAGCUCCACCUUCAGCUUUCUAACCCACAUCGUCUAGAUGUACUUCCUAUCAUUCCAUUCAUGGCAAAGCGUAACUUCCCUACAAGGUACAGUUUGACCUCAGUGGGAGACACACUGGAGCUGAGGGUGGACCUGCUGUUCCUGUUCCAUCAGCUGCAGGAGGCAGCAGGUAGUGCAGGCCAAGGCUCCAGCUUGGUAAACAGAUGGCAGGUGAGGCUGUUCUCUAAGGAGGAUCUACCAGAUGAAAAACCCUCCUUUGGAGUUCUGCAAGACAUUGGUGGUGAUAUGUGGGGGGACAGAGUUGUCCCCACGCUGCCAGUUCUGGACCUGGGCUUGAUUCUGGGCUGCAGUCGGGCUGGAGCAGGGAUCCCAUGUGAGAGAGGCGGUGUUCACCUCUCACACACACCUUUUAUGGCUCUAUACUUCAGAAGGAGUUAAGACGUUUGAAUCUGACCUUUAACUUUAGGGGAAAUUAUUGCACUUCAAUGUUAAUUUUAAUUAUUUAUGUUUUUCAAACUCAACACAAAUGUAUAUACAUAUAUAUAUAUAAAAAAAUGUGUAAAUAUUGUUUGUGUCACUCUUUGGUGAUUAAAGAGUUUUACAAGUG